AUGGUUGAGGUACUCCUCCAGAGUGGGGCCCCUGUGGAUAACCAUAAGAUAAACGCCCUAUUCCAUGUGGUCAGCCGAGGAUUUGAGAGGAACACAACCGUCACCCUGAAGACAGGGCAUGCUCACGGUGCUCUGAGUGUGUACACCCUGGUUUCUGCUCUGUUCCCUGCUGUGAGGAAGAACCUGGAUGGGGUUGUAACUGCUCUGGUGGACAGUGGGGAAGAUGUCAACAUGUGGCACACUCCUCUGCUGAUGUCAGCUGACCUGGGACACACUGAGACAUUCAGAGUGCUAGCUGCCAAACAGUCCAGUGUGGGUGCUACCCUCCCAACCUCUCCUCAGCCCAACACCUGGCUGGCCAGAUUGGGAGUGAGGUCAUAACCCAGACCCUGCUGUAGAUGGGCUCAGACCCCAACACCCCAGGGCCUAUAGCCAAUGCCAACAUAACACGUCUACUAUAGUGGGAUUACAGCUAAAA